AGAGCACAAGUAGGUAAGGUAAAGGAAAGGGAAGAAAGGGUUGAGUUGAGUGGGCCCACUGAUGACGGCACAAGUGGUUGGGAUCUGGCGCUUUGGCAAACUUGGGUGACGCUAGCCUUGCAAAAUUUCAAUGUCGACACAUCAAUGACAUGGUCCCUCCGCCCCCACACCACUAGUCUCUCUUCGCAUGCCAUGGCAAGUCCCCUGCCUCCUGCCUGCCUUCAUUGUUCAUUACAUGAAGAAACCUUUGUUUAUUCUUUCUGUUGUUGUCAUGAAACAUUUAAGUAAUUAAUUACAAAGAUUUUUAUUUUCACUCUGUUUCUCUUAAUUCAAUGUUUGUGAUUGAUUGAGGCUUCGGUGCCAAAAUUGUUUGUGUCGGCAACACAUGAUUCUAUGUUGGGAAUUGUAUUGUAGAUGAGUGCCUGCUGCUGCUGUCUGAAUUUGGUUCAUUGCUGCUAAGUGGAAGAGUAAAGACUCAUGAAGAGGCUAUUGGCUCUGGUUCUGUUUCUGGCAUUUAGUAGUGCUGUUCAGUAUGAUGGAGAAGGAAAGAAUGGACAAUGUGAAAACAUGAAGUCUUUGGAUCCCAGACCUCACAGCGUGUCACUCUUGGAGUUUGGGGCAGUUGGAGAUGGGAAAACAUUGAACACGGUAGCCUUUCAAAAUGCUAUUUUCUAUGUCAAGUCAUUUGCUGACAAGGGUGGUGCUCAGCUCUAUGUUCCGCCUGGCAGCUGGCUUACUGGAAGUUUUAACCUUACCAGCCACCUCACACUCUUCCUGGAAGCAGGUGCCAUCAUUCUUGGAUCCCAGGAUUACGCUCACUGGGAUAUUGUGAAACCUCUACCUUCUUAUGGUCGAGGGAUUGACUUGCCUGGUUGGAGAUAUCGUAGCUUGAUCAACGGACACAAUUUAAGUGAUGUGGUGAUAACAGGUGAUAAUGGAACCAUUGAUGGACAAGGUUCUGUCUGGUGGGAGCAAUUUAGCUCUCAUGCCUUGAAUUACAGCCGACCACAUCUAGUGGAAUUCACCGGGUGUGAUAAUGUAACUAUAUCAAAUUUAACCCUCUUGAACUCCCCCGCUUGGAACAUUCAUCCGGCGUACUGCAGGUAUGUGCAAGUUCUGAACAUAACUGUCCAUGCUUCUCCUGCAUCUCCAUAUACUAGUGGUAUAGUCCCAGAUUCUUCGGAGAAUGUUUGCAUUGAGAACUGCAACAUUAGUAUGAGUCAUGAUGCAAUUGUUCUUAAGAGCGGUUGGGAUGAGUAUGGAAUUGCCUACGGCAAACCCACUAAAAAUGUGCAUAUCCGGGGUGUUAACCUUCAAUCCUCUUUAGGCGCUGGCCUGGCAUUUGGCAGUGAGAUGUCUGGAGGCAUAUCGAACAUACUUGUAGAGCAGCUUCAUCUACGUAACUCAUUCAUUGGCAUUGCACUCAAGACAACUAGGGGAAGAGGAGGUUAUAUGAAGGACAUAAUUAUAUCCAACGUUGAAAUGGAAAAUAUUCACUUGGCAAUGGAGGCUACAGGUCAGAGUGGCUCACACCCUGAUGAAAAUUUUGAUCCUGAUGAACUGCCAUUUGUUAAAGGAGUCACCUUUGAGAAUAUGGUCGGCACUAAUAUCACUUUUGCUGGGAAUUUUUCUGGACUUGACAAAUCGCCUUUCACAUCUAUCUGUCUCUCAAAUAUCUCAUUCUCCAUCACUUGGAAUUCUUCUACCUCAUGGUUCUGUUCCAAUGUGAUGGGUUUUUCAAAGGAGGUGUCUCCUAAACCAUGUUCAAACCUCCAGGACUCAACUUUUAACUCUUCCGCGGCUUGCUUCUUUUCCUUAUACCCAGUCAACUAUGCUACAGUUUUGUGAGAUCAUCAUCAAAAAGACAAAAUAUCCAUUCUGUUCAAUCUGUACAUGAGAUACCGUUUAUACAGGAGAUUUUCCAAUAAAGCUCCAAUUUAUAAUCUUCCAUCUCUUCUCAUACGAACAAGCAUUCUCUGCCUUGCUACGAGAUCUUCCGAAGUGGUGUGUCACCCUCAUAAUACAGGCUCAUGUAGAGCCUCAUGUUUUCAUUCGUGUGCAAGGAAAUUUUGGUAGUGCAGUACAACUCAGAUAGCUGUUGCUUCUAUUGUUUUAUUUUAUUUUGGAAUAUCUUUAGUUACAAUGUAAAUUCAUGUAAUGUGGACUGAUACCAGAUUAAUCAUUGAUAUUCUGGCAAAGAGAGGGUGUUAAGUUAAGUGACUGAUGUGAUUGAAAUAAUGAGUAAUUGAAAAGGUUGAUGUCCUGCU